UUUUACUAUUCAAAGAAUAAAUUAUGUUGACCCUUUUAUAAGAAACAGAAAAAACUACAUAAAAUUCAACGCUUUUCAAUUUUGAAAGAGUAAAAUUAGAUUACAAAAUCAAAAUUGAAUAGAAUAUAUAGAAUGAAAAACAUGUGAUUAGGUGUGUGUGUGUGUGUGAUUGGGUAGUUGACAACUUGGUCAGUUAUUGUUAUUGUUAUUGUUCUCAAUUUACAUGCUCUUUCUUUCAUAAUUCAAUCAUAUACAUACCAUACCAUUGGCAUGUAGCAACCAACCAACCUCAUCUCUCAAUUUUCACUCUCUUCCUUCUCUCCCUUUCUUUCAAUCAUCUUCCCCUGCUUGAUUACUCUGCACAGGAACAAUGUCUGAUAAAAUCACAGCAGAAAACCUCCUUCACAACCUUGUGGACACAUUAUCGGAUAAGCCAAAAAAAGUAUCAUUCUUUGAGGAAGAUAAAUCAAAAUCAGUGAGCUCUGAGAUUAACAGACUGUUUGGACGAAAGAAACCUGUCCACAAUCUUUUAGGAGGUGGAAAAUCUGCGGAUUGCUUGUUAUGGAGGAACAAGAAGAUUUCUGCUAGUUUUCUAACUGGUGCAACAAUUGUUUGGGUGCUAUUUGAAUGGCUCAAUUAUAAUUUUAUUUCUCUUGUAUGCUUUGUCUGUGUUCUUGGCAUGCUUGCGCAGUUUCUAUGGUCAAAUGCUUCUGGCUUAUUUAACAGCUCACCAGCUCAAGUACCCCGUUUUACUGUCCCAGAAGAGUUAUUUGUGAACAUUGCAACUGUGGUCGGGAAUGAAGUUAACCGUGGGUUGAGGUUUCUUCAAGAUGUUUCUUGUGAAGGAAACUUGAAGCUAUUUCUCAUAACUGUAGCAAGUUUGUGGGCUGGUUCAGUGAUUGGGAGCUGGUGCAAUUUUUUGACUGUCAUCUAUAUUGGUAUUAUUGCUGCACAUACACUUCCAGUUCUGUAUGAAAAGUAUGAGGAUGAAGUUGACAACUUUGUGUACAAGGUCUUUGGUCAGUUACAAAAUAGCUUUAGCAAGCUGGAUUCUGGUGUGCUCAAAGGAAAGUUCAAAGGAAAGAAGCAUGAUUAAGUUUAUACUUAUGUAAAUUAUCGGUUAAAGGAAAUAACUAGGGGGAUGAAAAUAUUUCUUUCCGGUGAAUGAUAUUUGAUUGAAAUAAACUUGCUUUGUAAAUGAUAUUCCAUUCAGACAAUCUGCGAAACUUUUCUGUAGAGUUUGAUUCUGAUUCA